GUUUUGUAAUUCCACAUUUGUUCCGGCUGUCGAGGCCUUGUCGUUUUUUUGUUUUGUUGUUUGUGUGUCUGCCUGUCGCAAGGUUUGGGAUUGCGAUUCAGAAUAACCGAAUCGUUAGAGAUCAUACAAUGACCAUACAAGAUUGAAGUCGGAACGUGGCAACUGUAUUUUUGGAUUAUAAAGACGCCAAGUAAGACAACGAGCAGCUCCUUUAGCAAUUACCGGUAUCGGAUCGUCAGCGAUCGUUUAUUGGAGAAAUCGGGAACUGCGGUUUAAGGUUAUAAGUUUACUUUCCAAGAUUUAAAAGAAAAAGAGCAUUGCAGGACUGUAAUUUCAAACUCUCAAAGCUGCAAACUUUUCAGCUUUGUUUUGAGGUGAUACCGGUACGUUGAGUCCAAUUUAAGAAACUGGUUUUAGACUCAAGUAUUUACCAUUCAACUAUUUCACCAUUAGAAAUCAUUCAAGCGUAACCGGUCAAAAUACUCUCACAUUGAAAUAAUCCCAAAACAUAGCAUUAUGGGGAAGUCACAUUCUGACCACUGGUUUAUCAAAGAAGAAUUGAAAUGGAGAAGUGUUGCCAGUGCUUUUUGGACUUUCAUGAUGACAUUUCCUGUACUUGCCGCAUCAGUUUUUGUGUUCACAAUCCACCCAGUGAGACAUAUUUUCAUGUUUUUUGACUUUAUCAGCAUUGCAUCGACGAUAAAAACAUGGGUUAUAUUUCCUUUCAUUGCAUUUUUUGCAAGUAUGCUUGUUUGCUUGCAUUUUAAAUGUUUCAAAGUUUCACCGAUUUUCCCAGUUCAUCGGUUCGGAAUUUUCACAAAAGUUUUGAAACCAAACAAUCUAAUCCACAUCUUUAUUAAUGGAGGAUUUUCGACGUUAGUUGCCCAUCUUUUCACAAAGAUCGUUCCUGGAAGAUAUUCAGGCAUAUACAACCAAUGCUCAGAUGAAAACGAGAAUCUCAAACUCUGUAUAAAUGAGUUUUGGUUCAUCUUUGUAUUCUUCGGUUUUGUUGUCGGCGUCACAAACAGCAUAAUCUUGAUUUCUUGUCAAAAGAACACGUUAACUUUUUUACACGUCCAGGAAGCAAGAUUCUUGUUCAUAAAAUGCAAAUUACCGUGCAUCAUCACCAUGUCUGCGGCUACAAGUUGGGAAUAUUUUCGUCACUUCGUUGUUGGAUAUUACCUUGUGGGAUUCGUUGCUAGAGACCUUGUUGCAGUAUUUCUCGGACUUGUAGCAAAUAAAGAAUAUCUUCUCAGCGUUUGGACAAUUUAUCAAAUAAUUCCUGUAGCUUGGAACCUUUGGCUUUUGGGAACGUUUUUACUCUUGAUUUGGGAGUUGUCAUGGCAACUGUUUAAUAUCUAUAACACCCAAGAUUACCCUUUUAUGUUCGACUCUGUUUUCCCGGAAGAUCAAAACAAACUUCUUCUUGAUAAUUUGAACGAAUCUAAUCCCCCAGCUGUUCAAAAUCUCGCUUUCCAAAGCUUAAGCAUUGCUGUCAAACGAAACGCAUCAAAGCGUCAGCAAAUAUUUCAGCUGAGUCAUAAAACGGAGAAUGGACGGCCAAUUUGGUGGAAUAAAGUUGUAGAAAAUUGUCUUCCACGAAUUCAGCAUCUCACAGAAAGCAUUAUUGAAUACCAAACGUCUCAAGAUCAAUGGCAAAGUAAUAGAAAAGUCUCUUCAACUUCAUCUGAACAUAGCAACGAAAGCGGGAUAACCAGCCCUGCGAGUGUUUCAGUUUUCAAGCGAAGAGACUUCAAUGCUUCAUCUUACCAGGCAGACGCAACUAAUAUAUCCUACUUUAAUGUAUCUUCGUUAAAUGAUACUCACUCUACGUCACGAAUUCAGAAUGUCUCAACUCUCGCUGUCCCAACUCCAAGAUUAUGGACAUCGCCAACUAAAGUUGGGAAAGAUGACACUCUCACUCAAACAAGUUUUGUUCCAGCUCCGUUUCAAGUCGGAGUGUUUCAAAAGCGCUGGGGAUAUUUCAUGCAGAAUUUGAAAACUUUAUCUAUAGUGCAGUAUUUUUUCAAACCAAUUCCUACAAGGCAAUUACGGAAUUUAUACCGAGAACAUUUCAUAUAUAAAUGUGCGAUGCAAAUUCUAUCGUAUCUUUGCGCUGCUUCGGUUUUAGAGGACAAAUUUGGUAUCGUUCAAGGUCAUUUGCAUGAAAUAAUUUCAUCGCUAAUCGAACUGUUAGUUGCUUCUGAAAAGCUCGGAAAAGUGUCGCCAUCUUCUACCUAUGUGUAUAAACUUCAUGUUGGAUUACGAAACGAGAUUAAAGCAUCGUUGCAUCGAAUCACAGACGCGUACGGCGAAAGUUUAAAGUCUGUGAAUCUGUCACAGGAACAUAGAAGAAGACUGGAAGGAUUUUGCUCAUAUGCUGAGUAGUAAUUCUAAACUUUUUCCAGCGUGUCUUUUGGACUGUAAAACGAAGAAUUAAUGAACUAUGACAGGGUUAGUGCCAGAUUGGAAUUUGAAAUACACUUUUGUGUAAGGUUUAGGAGAAAAUUAGUGGAAUAAACUAACCCUGUUUAAAGCAUAUUACUUCUGCCAGUUUCAAAAGUAGGUGUGGUGCUAUUUAACACAAGAAAAGCCACUGUCAACACAUAUAUCUUGUGAUCAGCUGAAGUUGAUGGGAAAAUACCUUGAAUUUUUCCAGAUGUAUAGGCUCGAUUACUCCAGCAUUGCCAUCAUACAGCUAUAUCAUGACUCUUGCAUGAUGUGAAUUUAUUUGGAAGUGAAAUACGAUAUGGGAGAUGGAUAUUCUGUUUAGUUAGUUCGUUUUGUUCAAUUUAUGAGUUCUCAAAAUUUUUACUGCUAUGUCGUUAUACGUAUUUCCCAAACGCUGUUUUUACUCCAAACAAUGCUCUGUACAUGUAUUCACUGAUAUAUAAAGAUAUACUUUUUUCAGGACUGGAAUCUUUCCAAUACAGCAUCCUUACCCAAUUUAUCACAACCUGAUGAGCAAGGAACUUAAACUUGCGAUGUUCAACAUUUCAACUACUAGAGCCUUCCACGCUCAUUUACUUGAGUAUUUUCAAUGUUUCCACUGCCAUGUUUCUUUUAAUGCUUUGUUGCCAAUAGCAGAGCAAAUUAGCCACUAUUUUAUUAUCAACUUGCUUAAUUAUUAUGAAAAAGUCAUCGCUUUACCAGUUUUUUAACUUUGCUGGCCAUGCAAAAGCGAAGGAGAUUCAUGUUUGAGCAAAGUUAAGUAAGACCAUUGAUUUUCUCUGGCAUGAGUUUUAAAUAAAAAAGUUGACUACAAGCUAAAUUAUUCCAUAAAUUUGUAAUGUUAAGA